AUGUCUCUUUUUGCGUGUACGAACUGUAACGGCCGUCAUCCAUUUGAUCAACUUUCCAAGGGUGAUCAACUUUGUAAGGUAAAUGAUGUAUUACGAACGUUUUGGCGAUUGGAGCAAAAAUUCUUGCCCAUAUACGAAUUACACGCAUUAUUUGGAACAGAUUGGAUUACAUACUUUUCUGGUGUAACUUUUGCAGAAAAAUAUUACCUUGUGCUCCUUUUCUACAUGUGGUCAUAAACAGCUGAAAAAAGUUGUUGUUACAUCCGUUCAUGCACACGCAGGGUAUUUUGAAUUCAGUUUUAUUGGCCAGGAGAUUUGAAAAGUACGGUAGUCUCGUGAAAUUAGAAAUAGUUGAUGCCAGAUUCUUUACAGUUGAUGGUAGGCGUACAUUGUACUAAGUCCGCCCUAAUACCUUGUCUUGAACACCUGAAACGGAACUCUGUGAUAGUUUAAAAUAAAUGAAGUUGCCUGAGGAUCCCUAGUACUGCCCGGCAUCCUUGUAUUUCAACACGUAUUGGGGGUCCAUCAAGUGAGAGCUGACUAAAUUGCAUUCUUGGGCUUUUGACCACAGUGAGUACGUGCAUGAGUGCCUCAUUGGAGAGUGGAAAACUUGAUAAAUAAUAUUAGUAAAUAUUAUUUGUAAUUACUUUCUUUCAGUCUCUUAACUCAAGGGUAAUUAAAAAAAAAAAAAAAAAACUUGUGACCAAAACACUCAACAACCAUGAACAGCUCAAAUGUUUCAGGAAUGCUUAUUGUGUUAUGAGUACACUCAACUCUCUGUUAACAGACUCCUCUUUGAGAUGAAAAAUAACGGCCACCUCGAGUUGGUCCCUGCCUUUUCUUUACUCUAUAAGAUGGACGUCUCUCUAAUGUGGAGACAUACAGUGGAACCCCGUUAAUACGGUCACCAAUGGGCCAAAAGGAUUUGGCCGUAUUAACUUGGUGGUCGUGUUAACGAGGGUUUUUCUACAAGAAAAUUUAUGGCGGUUUUUGCCAGGCGGCCAAAAAAAGUGGCCGUAAUAACAAGGAGACCGAAUAAGCGAGGUGGUCAUAAGACAGGGUUUCACUGUAGUGUUGGUCCCAAAGGUGUCUGUCUUAGAGGUAUUUGAUGAUUAUUACUACUUGCUAGUGUCUAAAGUUGAUUUGUUUUCUUAUAGGACUGCCGCAAGACUUAUCCCUUAGUGACAUGUACUUACUGUCGCUUGGAGUUUCAUCUGUUAAAGUCAGACAUUUUACUUGAUGAUGAAUAAGUCAUAAACUUGCUGUUUUAUCAUUUUUUAUGUUUUAUUAAUUUCCAGUUGACGUAAGACUUGCAGUUCCAUGAUGUGAUUUUUUUCUGCUUCACAUAUUCUAGGAGUACUGAAAAGGACCCUGUGUGUAAGAAGUGCAGUUAUAAUCUCAAAAUGUUUGGCCAGGUAUGAGAAUAUUGGCCAGUUAGUAGUACUGAGUUGAACCUCCAUUAAGCAGGGUACCAGCAAGUGGCUGAUUAAGGUGGCUCGACACAGUACAUCUUCCAUCUUUGAAUCUCUUAUACCAAAACAAAUUGAUCUUUAUUAUAAAAACAUUAUAACACUUGUAUUACACAUGGACUAAACUUUAUUAUGAUAUUAAUUUUUUGGGAGAUCAGAGUAUAAUUAUAUCAUGUGACAGUGACGUCACAAUAGUUUAAGCUCUAAAUCGAAAUACUGCCUUUAUCAGCAUUUUCUUUGGAAAUGCUUUAUGCUACGUAUUCUUGGGGUGCUUGUCAUCUGUUGUGUGAAGUUUCACAAAAAUCUAUCAGAGGAAUUUCGUCAAUUCGAGAUAUCUUUGAAUUUCUACAAAAAGGGUAUAAAUUAUGCUUGAACUGAAGCUGGACUUAAUGCAGACAAAUUUGCAACCUUUUGGAGGUUUCCAAGAAAUUUUUAUCACUCAUUCAUUUUGCAAAUGACCUUUAUACUCUCUACAACUGGCUAAGCGCAUGUAGACUUGCACGAUUUCUAAAAAACAUGAAAACAUGUGAAUCAGUCAAAUGCAAUGCUGAGCUCUUUUUGUAAUUUCAAAGGUUGAAAACAGCAAUUCAACCAAAAUUCGUCGAUAGUAAUUGAUCAGUGUGCUAUAAAAUCCCCGAAUUUCGUGUCCAUUGAAAACUUUUAAAUUGUCAAACGUAGGCGCAAAACUGAGUAAACAUUGAAGUGAUGUCAUAGACCUGGCUAGGUUUUUGCUUUGGGAUUUUCUAUUGUCUUGAGUUUAGCACAACAUCAAAUCCCCAUCCAGCAGGCAAGAAUUUACCGUGCCUGGUUGCCCUCUGAAAUCUUUCGGAAAUAUGGUAUUACUGUAGAAAGGGACAAAACACUAGCGAAUAGAUUACGGAGGAAAUGAUUGCAGCAAUAAUGCCCUGUGAACAAAGCAGUCUUUUUUGGCAUCCCAAAUUUUCUAUUUUGGUGAGAAGAAGACAAGAAUAAUAUAAUAUUGUUUUCCAUUAGACUAUAGACUGGCUUAGACAAUCGCAAAAAAGUUUUUAUUGACUUAAAAAAUUGAGUCAUGAAGUAUGAUAACCACCAAUUUUUGGGAAUAUGAUGGAACAUUAAUAAAGAUUAAUAUUAUCUAGGAAUGUUUGUUAUUUAAGCAAUAGAAAACGUUUUCCGUGUUUGCAUAGCCUGAUAUAAACACGAGAGGGGUUGGGAGAAUUCGAGACAGUUAUGCAAACCCGAGAUGAAGUCGAGGGUUUGCAUAACUGUCAAGAAUUCUCCCAACGCCUCGAGUGUUAUAUCACGCUAUGCAAACACGGGAAAAAAGUUUUCUAUUGCUUUUAUCAAAUAACUUUCCCGAGAAAAAAACGCAAAACUCUUUGUAUGGCACUGAUUAAAAGAGAAAUUCUUACCAGUCGCAAAAUCUUGUCCACGAAGUCUUGCAUGCGUAAUCAGUUCUUGUUUUGGAAAAAGAUGCCCUGCAAAAUGCGGAUUUUUCUCGCUUAAAAUGGUCAGCUUAAGCGAAGAAAAAUGUACACACCUUCUUUGUAACGAUUUUCCAUGUUUCAGCCGACGAAGGAAUGGGUAAAUAAAGUAAAACUUUUUGAGUUUUGAACUCGAAAACUUUUUCAAAUUUGUGCUUGUGUGAUUAGCGCGCGCAAAACCAAACAACUUGACGCCACAACCAUGUUUACAUACUCUCAUGCAAACACUCCUCUCGGCCAAUCAGAGUGCACGUACUAUCUUAGUUAUUUUAUAAAGCAUAUUAAUACAUAAAAUAAUAAUAAAACUCCCAGAUAUCCAGAACAAUGUAGGUAGCACUACAUUAAUGUUACUGGUUAAAUUUGAUUUCAGGUUAAAAUUUUUUGACCUAGGUCAGUUCUCAAUUUCCUUUGUCCCUCAGGGCUUAAAGGAGACAAAGGAAAUUGACAAUCAAUCUAGGUUAAAUCAAAAUUAGGCAAUGUUUUGGUGUGUUUUCCUCUUGUGGUUCAUGAAAUAAGAGAUGAGGCCUCGCAGACGUUGAACUGAGGCUAGACAAGAAAAAUAGAGGGUGAGAGGAAGAAGAAAGAGAAUAAUAAUAAAAAAAAAACCACGUACAUGUGCAUUUCUCCUCCUCCCCCUCCUCUCUCAUUUUCUUGCUUCACCUUGUUCAGCUCAAGGAAAAUAUAGUGUACACACCAAAAAAGGACCUGGUAGGCAAGUUAUGGUGACUAUUAAUACCCUUUAAGUCCCAAUAGUGACAAACAUCAAUUUUGUCCUAACAAUAUCCAUACAAUGUCAAGAGAUUAGGUUAUGAGAAUUAACAAAGUGAUCACCUAAGAGACAACACUUUCAUCUUUUAUCAAUUUCUCUCAACCCAUCCAUGAAGGAAAUGUAUAGAGAUCAGUUUGGAGAAUUUGUAUGUGGAUAUUGGGGCUUAAAGGGUUAAUGGGUAUGUCACUUUGUAUGUUGCACACAGCUUUAUGGCCAUAAUGUGGAGAGGUUAUUUUAGCAGCUGGGAUGCACUUGAAAAUGAGGUUAACGAAAGCAAGAGUGGAUCUAUCUGUAUAGUUACCGUCUGUUAGGGUACAAAAUAAUUAUGUGCCCGCGGUAACAGGAGUACCCUGGGUGCCAGAGACUUUUCUAGCGCAGUUUGAAAUCCGGUUUCUGUCAAGUCUUUAUAGUGGCUUCAGCCUAUGGCCGAAAAAUGUGUCGGCCUUUCGAAAAUUCCUGUCCCACGUGAGAAAAACCUCUGGUACCCAGGGUAUAAUGGGAGGGUUUGACUGCACAUAAUUAUGUAGAGAAUGCAGAUGACUGUCAUGUUUGCAUCCUGUGAGUAAUUAUGAUUUACAUUAAUUUAAUUCUUAUUAUCUCUGUCACCAGCCAUCUUGUUGCGAGUACUGUAACAUAAGAGCAGCUUUUGAUGGAAACAAAUGUUCAAGGCAAGUAUACAUGUACAUGUCAACUUUACAGCCUGUGAAAACCCUUUUACCUGCAGCUCAUGGUUCCACGUGAGUUUUGUACAUUUUGUUAUCAUUUCUUUGAUGUUUAACCCAUUCGCUCCUAAGUCGCCCGUAACCGUCCGUGCAGAUUUAUAUCCCGUCUUUAACCACUAGUGUCAUCAGUUCUAAUGGUCAAGGACAACUUGGUCCGCUAACUUGUGGAGAUAGAAAACAUCUUUUAAACCAUACCAGAAUUAGCAUAAUUCUGUCAAGGACACUGGAGAAAAAGGCAAAAAACCAUAAAACAUUGACCUGAAAAUUUGCAUGAAAAUGUUUUUUCACUACCCACCUACCUUUUCUUUCAUCUAAUGCUAAGAUCCUAAAAGCUUUCCUAAAACCUUUUCCCACCAAAAUGAAGCCUACUAAAUGCCCAGCAAAAGAAAAAAAUAUGAGGCAAAAAAAGCGAAAAGGAGGAGAGGAGAGAAAGCAAAAAGUAAAAGUCAAGACUGCUGUGUCACUUUUAAACCCCCAAACUCGAAAUUUUGCUUUCUGCACGUGCCCGAACUUUGCAAGCUAAUAUUUUGCAUCUGGAUCAGAAGGCCUUGAACUGUAUGACCUGUAAAUACAUGUAGCUUUAUGGUAAGUUUUAGCUCUUUAUAGCAUGACAGUGACCCGAAAACUGCUCGACCAGCUUCAUAACACAUUUUUUCAGCAAAAUCUCCAUGCCAAUUGGCGAAUGAGUUAAGAGUAUUAGAAAUGGACAUUGCCCAGUUUAUUUUGUCUAUGUGGUAUAUCUGUCUGAUUUUGUUAAAACGUGGCCACUGGGUUUUCGCCUGGCAUCGGGCGCAGCCCAGGUCCAGGCCAGGUGCCCAAAAAUGUAGGGGGCUUGACGUCUUGGUCGGUACAGCUGGAUAGCCCAGGGACUGCCCUAACAGUGGGUGGGUAGAUCAGGCCUUGGUGUCAAAACUAGUGGGGUAGGGAGGGGGCUGUUUUGACACAACCCCUUCAGUAAGCAACAGUGUUCAGUGCAGGCUUUGACUGGCGAGUACCUUGGUCUUAAUUUGCCCUAGCCAGCUGAAACAGGCCUCUGCUGAGAAUGAUUAUCACGAUAAUUGCAGAGCUCAGUGGGAGGUGCAGACAGUCACCCAUUGUCCUGGGUGGGGAGGGUCAAAGUCUUGGUACCAAGGACACACUUAGCAUAGGACCUUUAGACACUCACUGAAGCCAUGUUUUCAUAAAUCCAGUCAGAUAUACAUGUACGUCUACGUGUAUGCUACUUGCAAUUGCUUAUUCAAGCUCCCCCUUCUUUAGUUUAUCCUAUUGUCCUUUUAAAUUUAUGUUAGAAAAUACAGUGUUCACCAUUAGUUCACAGUUAAGAAAAGCCACUGAAAUCUUACCUCUUGAUCACUUUUAGAUGUUUGAGCUCAGAGAAAAAGUAUGGUCCACCAGUUUCAUGUGAACAGUGUAAACUUAACUGUGCCUUUGAGAAACCGUUGGAAUCAAGAGAUAAGGUAUUGCUCAGAAAAUAUGAGGGUUUUUUGGCCAUACGUGUACAUGUUAGUGUCAUAGUUUGUGUUUUGAGUGCUCAUUCACAGAUUUUUAAAAUGAUAUAGAGGGGUCUUGUGCCUUUGGUCUCAUAUUAAACAAUGUACAAAAGUUUGAAAAUUUCCGUCUCCAAGAGAGAAAUUAUGCCACAUGACUUGUAUCUCUUUAUGGAUAACAAGUUUUCUAGUAAUAAUUACCAUUCAAUUUCCAUUUCUGACAUUCUGAUCAAAUUAUUAAUAGUGCUCUUUUCAAUUCACCAGUUUUAGUCUAAAAAAAUGGUGAUGCUGGCUCCAGACAAAAAAGGGUUGAAAUUAUUAACUUGUCACAAGAUAUUUUGUUUUCUGGAAGGAGGUCAAAGAAUUAGUUGAAUUGUUUCUUCGAAGGUCCUGAGAUAAUCCAAAUUUACUGCAUUUCUAACGUGUUUCAAACAGGGUAGGUUUUGGGAGUACUUGGAUUUUUUCUUUUGAGCUGCUUCUGUCACUGACUGAUGAAACAUCUUUCUCAUGUACAGUGUAUUCACUGGGCUCAAAAUUUACCAUCACAUGUCUAUCAUUGUGCAUUAACCUAGUUUAAGCUGGCUGAACACAGUGUUUCGGGCAGUCAGCGGUAACUUGCAUGAUGGCAUGUGUUUUAAAUUAGACAAACAAACAUGGCGGCAAAAAAGGCUUGAAAUUAUUUAUGGCAAAAAGCAAUGGUACUCAGUAUUCAAUCGUUCAUGUUGCCAUGGAAACUACGAAAAUGUCAAAUUUUACCUGUCAAUCAAAAUCUUUCAUCAGUUAAUUUUUUACUUGCCAAGUUUCAGCUUGUGAGCUUCAACCUUUCUCAUGCCAUGAUUUGGCAAAUGACAUGCACUCACAAACUGCCAAAACUGUGUUCAGCCACCUUAAUGGCCUUAGUUCUAUCGAGUCUCCUAUAGCUCAGUGUGGUAGAGCAGCUGGACUAGUAACCAUAAGGUCAAAGGUUCUACUCUUAUUGGGAUUAAUCGCAUUUUUUCUUCCGAGCCGCUUGUGUCAAUGAAAAAACCUCUUUCUCAUGUUCUAGGUGGAUGGUAAAACCCUUUGUCUGCUGUGUACCUUGUCUUACAAGAGAAUAUUGCACAAAGCAAAAAAAGGAGAGAAAAGGGCCAAUAAUCAUAACCAUCACAGAGACAGGUGUGGCUUUUGAUUUUAAGCACUGGUCAUGAGUGACAAAUGUCUGUCGGACUAGAUGUCACAGAUGAGCCUCUGUAUGGGUGUUUCCGACAAAACUGGAGCCACAAUGGUCAACAUUGAUGAAGCGACCAUCUUAGAGAUUAAAGCAAUGAUCACAUUGCCAUUUAAAUCAAGUUUGAUGUUAGUUGUGUAAUGACAGUAAGGAAACGUGCCAAAAAGUGUGCUGCACAUUCAGAGAUUUGGUUUUGCUUAUUUUUUUGUUUAUAUUGUACAUAAUGUAUGUCAUCAUUGUGGUUGUGCUGUGCUGGCUAGUAGCUAGCCUUACCACCCAAAACAGUUCUUGACAAUUAUGCAACAAUUUCGAAUGAAAAAUCAAUCUCUGCACAUACCAUACAGAGGCUCACAUAUACGCACUCAGUUGUGGUCAGUGUUAUUGGUUUGGGGCUAUGAGAGUUUGGUAAAGUAAAGUUUUUAAAAAAAUAAAAUAGAUGAACUCUUUGAAGAAGCAGUGUAUGUCGUCAUGUGACUCAUGUUUACAGUGUAUAAUUAACCAGUCUUUGCUUAUACUGUACUUCAUUUAUUUAGUUCUUUCUGUUGUCAGUAAUUCACCAAUUAUUGCAAAAUCAAAGAAACUUUUUGCAACUUGGGAUGAAGAGUUUCCAGUUUCACUUAUCAUACAAGGGAAGGAUACAAAAAUGUUCACCCUAGUAUAAUGAAUUUUCUUCAACUUUGAAUGUAGUGGUCUGGAAAGUGUUUUAAAUGCUUUUUGGUUGCCCAAGAUGGAAUAGAAAUCAUAGCUUAGAGAAGUUAAAGGCAAUUUACAUGAAGCAUUUUUUGUUUUGUUUGAUAAUUAAACUACAGUAUCAAUUUCAGACAAGUGAACUGAAAAAUGUAGAGAAGUUGGUGGAGCAAACAGUUCAAGCCUUAAAGCCCUGUUAGAAUGGACUGGGAAAGUGCAGUUUUGUACAAAUUAUGUGAAAUUAUAUUUGUGGUACAGGGUAGGUAGGUCCUUGAAAAUCGAAUGUGUUCCUUGAAAUUAGUCCUUAAAAAUGGUUGCAAUUUUUUAUAUAAACCUCGUUACAGUCCACAACUCCCAAAUACCAAUAUGGACACAAUGAGAUAUUGUCCUGCACCUUUUCAAUUCUUUUUUUGUUGUUGCCUAAGUUAAGCUAUUGUGUUGUUAAUAUUUUACAUAAUUUUUUUGGUUAAAAAACAGGAAAUCAAAACAUUCCAAAAUUCCUAAACCUGAGAACACUGAGAGCCCCAAAGACGGCAAACCAGCUUCUCUUGCUGCGGCUGCAUUAGACAGAAUUGGAAGCAAUAGAGGCAGUCCCCUUACUGUUGCUCUGUACAGUAGUAUGAGCAAGUGAGUUUUUAUUGGAUUAAUCCUUUAAAUUGACAAUGUCAUGUUCAGAAGAGUCUUGUGGAAAUUUUAAGGUGAACUUCUCAAGCUUCUUCUGUCUCAGUUUACAAUGUUGUAAUAAUUAAUAGCACUUCUCAUGGUGUGCUAAUAAUAUCAUAAUAUAUGAAUAUUAUUGGCUAUUUUGGUGUUGUAGGUGAGACUGGGUUGUAGUGUGGCAAACAAGAAAAUUGCUUGAUGAUGUCAUUUUACUGCGAUUACCAGAAUCCUUCAUUUUGUUGUUUUUUGUUGCAACUUAGGGCUAUUGUUGCUUAAACCUUGGCAGGAUUGACAAAUCUUAGUAAGGAUAAAGCAAGAACAUCGUAAAUUAUGGUAGUUGUAGUCAAAUGUCAUCAUCAUGAAAAUGACCUAUUGUGCCAAUUCACCAGCUGCUGUAAACUCUUUGCAUCAGUUAAAGUGACUUUGAAAAGCUUUAUUUAAAAGUCACAAUAUUGGAAUUAUUAUAAUUUAUUUAUCUUUUCUAAUUCUAUUUUUAUUUUGAAUAAAUAGUGAUGCACUCAAUGAACCGAUUGCAAUGGAGUCACACAUCACUGAACUUACAGAACUCAAAGAACAGGUAAAGGUGACAGUAAAAUCUUUCAUCUGUAGUUAAAGGGACAGGUUCACGGUUCAGCGCAUUUUCAUUAAUUAAAUUACUUUUUCCAAUUUAUUAUUAAUUCUAUCACUUAAUAAUCCCUUUCACAUGUACAGUGUAUCUCAGCGAUCUCAGAGUGUAUUUCAAAGUAGGAGCGUAUGUCAGAGUAUUGUGAAGUGGGAUGGAGGAGUGCUGAAAUCGCAGAAAAAUUAGUGGAUUAUGCCAACACUACCAAUGAUGAAUUUAUUGUUGACCUGUAGGUUUUAUUCUACGGUUGAUUAAUUUACGGCUAUUUGCACCAAAGUUGAUCAAGUGACUGUCAGGGGAGCUAGUGUGCAGAUUGGUUCUUUGACAACAUUCACCAGAAAAAAUAACAGAUUCCCUUAUUGGAUAUUUUAGGGUAUUUAAAUAAUAUCCAUAAAAAUCCCAAAUUUGGCAAAGUGACGACAAGUCUCAACCAGGGAAUUCCCAACCAAGUUCCCCAGUUGGGACUUGUCUCACUCUUCCAAAUUUGGGAUUUUUGUGGGUAUUCUUUAAAUACUCUAAAAUAUCCAAAAAUGGGAAUCUGUUAUUUUUCCUGUGAUUAGAACAUGAUCAUAAUUGCUUUCAUAGCCGAUACAGCUCAUGUCCCAGCAGAAAAACAGCAUUUUGAUUAACGAGCAUGCACUAAACCUUGGACCUGUCCUUUUAGUAGUGAACAGAAACUUGAAUAAUAAUUAUUUAUUCAAACAUAGUAAGUACAUAAUUAUAAUGAGCAUACCUUAUUUACAUGAUUAAAUACAUGUGUCUUUGAUUUUAAUAACGUUAUGUGAAAUGCACCUUUUGAAUAACAGACAUCGUACCAUUUAAUCGAAUAUAUAUUCUAGGUGUGUGCGGUUUUGCAUAUUUUGAAAGAACAAUAACAGUAAAUUUAGCUUGUCUUUAAGCUUCUUCCUUUAAACCGUAAGUGUGGCAGAUAUAUCUUAAUCUAACCCCAAAACCUAAAGUUUGUUACUAUGCUUCAUAAUGCUUGUCAUGUUGACAUCAUGAUCAAGUAGCAUUGAAAUGGUAAAUUCAAAUAUUGGAAAAAAGUACAGGAAAGUAAAGUUGUAGAUAAUCUGAAAGUAAGUGCUGGUGUUUAAUUUGAGGGAUGUCAGUACUGGUUAACAAAAGAUCUUUGCUAUGGAUUAAAGUUUAUGAAAAGAAGAUUGUGGGAAAAGAGAAGGCAAUUUACAAUAAUUUUAGGGUGAAACAACGAGUCGCAAAGGUUCAAGAAACUAUUUUUUAGUUCGAGUGACUUCAUCCACUGUGGCAAAGUGGUACUGUCUCAUAAAAUUAAAUCAAUCAUUUUUUUUUGUUGAAUACCCAAUGUUUGACCACUGAUACAUUCCUGAAGUAAUCAUUUUCGGCUGUUGUUAAAAGGGAGAAAUACUAUUCUAAUUAUCAAGGCAGGAGAAUCCAAAUUUAUCAGAUGACAUAUCAAAGACAUGCGUACUUGGUUACAAUAAUCUGAGAUGCCAUAUUUAUGAAGAAGUGUAGUAUUCAUCCACAACCAACUGUCAUUGUUUAGGGUUGAUGUACAGACUAGAACCUCGAUAACUCUAACUUGGAUAACUUCGAACUCCCCAUUAUAAUUAACUUAAACUAAAAAUUGCCUUAAUCUUGAUGAAAAAUUUGCCCUGAAAACUCGAUUUCUGGUUCUUGUGGCUCCACUCGGAUAUUGAAUAUGCAAUUGAUCCCGAUAACCUGAACCCGCACUAACUUGAACUGUUUUUCGUUACGCUUCAGAGUUUGAAUUACUGGUGUUCUACUUUACAUGUACAUGAGUACAGAGUUUUUUCUGGUUAAUAACCUUUAGCAUGCAUGCUAGUUUGACAAUGACUGUAAUUUUUUUUUGUCAUCAGGUUUUGAAUCUAAAGAAACAGUUGCAGCAGAAAGAACAAGCACUGAUUGAAAAGGAGAAAAAGGUACUUACUGUACAGUCUUUUUAUGCAAAUAGUACAUGCAUCAAUGCUUGUACAUGAUUGUAGGUAACUAGUACUAUGCAUUGUAUAUUUAAAUGAACUUAGACUUUGUUGAUUGAUUCUGUAGGUUUUCAAAAGUUAUAAUUUGCUAUGAUGAAGCAUUCGAAACAUCAGCCUUAAGUUUGAAUCGUUCAACAGUGGACAACUUGCUUUAUCAACCCAGUUGCGAUACAUGUGCUUCAUGUUGUGAUGGAAACAGCAACACAGUUCCUGUAAAUACUAUAAACCACUUUAUUCAAAUGUCAUUAAUGCCAUUUGUACAUUAGGAAAGUCUUCUUGGAUUUGUUUCACAAGUGCUGUAAUGUACAGUUCAGAGAUAAGGAACCAACGGAUCACACACAAAACACACGCACGUUUUCUGCAUUAACGCAAAAUCGUUAACAAGUUUGAAAGUGCACUUUUGUCAGAGUGUGGGCAUGUUUAAGUUUGUGACAAACAUGACUGUAUCACAUGUAGCGGGGAGAAGCUCUCAACAAUGAUGGCAUUUUAAUAUCCUACAUUCUAUAAUAAUUGAUUCUUCUUUCUAGCCAUCAUAAAAAAAUGAAUGACAUUUCUUCAGUCAGUACAUUCACAUAGUUCAACUCAAUAGCUACAUUGUACAGCAGAUGAAACCAUGAUCUUGUUUGGGCACUAACUUGUGCAUAAGUAAUAAUAAUAUAAUCAUUUGACAUCAUUUUCCGUUGCUUUUUGAAAACAAAAUAAAGAUAACAGAACUCAAAGCAGAGCACUGGGAAAAAGAAAAGGAAUUCCGACAAAAGAUAACACAGAUGCAGAAGGAUCAUUCUGAGCGGUUAGAAAGUCUCCAGGUAUGAAUUUUAGUAGUAAGUUGCAGAACCUACAUUGUACUUGAAACUAACUGAAACAAGGGAUUCAGCUCUGACAAUCACAAAACCUCUCAUUGGCUCCCCAUUUCAUUUUGUUUGCACCUUAUACAAAGAUUUGUAGGUGCAUCAUGUCUAAACCAGUGAAAUUUUAUGUAUCUAAUAGAUUCCCCUGUUCUUUGAAAAGUCUUUUCUGUUUACUUUUUAAAGUAAACAGAAAUGAUGAAUAUAUGAAUUUCCAAUCAAUUCAUCAUUCUGGGAAACUGCCCACCUACCCCUCCCCUAACCCAACAUUUUGUCCCAAGUGAGACACAAAUGUUAACGUUGAGUCAGGGGAGGGGUAGGUGGGCAGUUUUGCAGAAACCUUAAUUGAUCCUGAAUUUCAUAUAUUUGAACUGUGGAAUGAAGAAUGAAUGCAAAGAUGAUCAUUGCGGUUAAAUACGCAACUUAUGCAGUUGCUAAAGGAAAGCCUGAAAAAAAAAAAUCAUGGUUGCUAGGAUUUGAUCCUUGAUUUUUGUGAUAUCAGUGCAGCGCUCUGACCUAACCAACAGACCAAUUAUGAUAUAUAACCUUCAUACCUGGCUCAGAAGCUUGGAGGAAUAAAACAAAAGAAAUCAUCUUGAGGCUCAGCGAUGAAUAAUACAUUUUCUUUUGUUGUUUUUUCCCCCAAGCCUCAAAGCCAAGUGUAAGUUUUAAUAUUUUGGGAUUUGGUCUAUUGAACUAGGAAGCCAAUUGUGAGCUGGUGUAAUAAUCAAUUCAUGUCAUCAUUUCCUUCAGGUGGAGAACAGAAAUCUCAAACGGCAAGUUGCAUCACUUUCAAAAGCAGGGAAAGAGAAAGCUCCUGCAAGCUCUGGCUAAUUGCUGGUUAUCAGUCAUGAUUAGUGCUUGACUGUGUACUUUUAGAAAAGUUUUUACUUCCUCUAAUUAGUUAUUUUAAAAUUUUUUACUCAACGAUGUUGUGGGUAAUUCUUACAUCUUUAUAGUUUGUGAAUAAGUAUUGUAUAAGCAAUUACUUUUAGGAAUCCAUGUUUCAUAAUUAUUUCUCAAACUCAUUAAUAAUUCAUUAAGAAAAUACAAAGGAAAUUAAUGUUUAAUGAGUGUUUGGAAAUCGGAUGAAACACUGCUUAGUAUUUGCAUCCUUAAUUUCUCCUUCAAAAAUGAUUUUGAUUCAUCACCAGAUGAAACACCUCGAAGUUCGUCAAAAAUACUCCGCUGCGCGUCGUAUUUUCAACUCUCUUCUCGGUGUUUCAUCUGGUGAUGAAACACUGCAUCUCAUGUUUGAUAUAUUACAUCAAUCUGUUCAGUAAAUGUUUACGUAUUUUUAGCCUGUUAAUGCUAUAUUAAUUUAUGAAAUUUUGAAUGUGGUGGAUCACUCUCAAGAUAGUAGGGAGCUGAACUGAGUAACCAGGCUUGUUAAAUCAGUCUCCAUCCUUUGAAACUUCAUCACCAUUUUCCCAACAUGGUCCAUGCCAAGAUUAGAAGCAUUUUACUUGAGUUGAAUUCUUAACAACUCCAUGACAGGUCAGAAGGAAAAAAGGAAAACUUGUUGUUUUUCACUUCCCCAUUGUAAAACAUUGCAUUUUUUAACUGCAUUUCUUGGCCUACAGUGAGUAGA